AUGGGUGGGCAUCAGAAGAAAUUCAUGGUCCGUGUCGUGCUCUACAAGUGUCAGGACCUGGCAGGGGCUGACAUGGACGUCGUGGAUGGCAAAAGCGACUCGUACGUGGUCUUCACGCUAGGCAGCGACACACAGAAGAGCUCGUGUAUCGUGAACAACCUCAACCCACAUUGGUCGCCGCCCGAGAAGUUUCAAUUCGAGCUGGACGAGUGGCAGAAUCAGUUCCUCGUUGCACAGGUGUUCGACUGCGACCGCCUGAGUAGGGACGACCUCCUUGGCUCUGCAGUCAUCCCUCUGGCGCUCUAUGCAGGCCACCGACACUGCGAAAUGUACAGCUACCCGUUGGUUUUGCCGGACGAGGUGGGUGGGUUUGGAGCUCCUAAAAGCGACUUAUUCCUGCAGAUCAGUUUAGUGGCUAGUGACGGCAGUGACGUCGAGUAUUACUAUUAG